GACUACAACGACAGAAAAACAGAACAUACAGAGCUCCCCAUUUUUUUUUCACAAGUGUUUUGUUAUCAUUUAUUUUAUUAUACAUUCGUUAAUAAUAAUUGCGGGAUCUUUUUUAAGAUCUCUUCGAGUAUUAAUAUUUUUCAAUAGUAUUUAUAUUAAUUAUAAAAUAUCCCUCCGUACUUGCCAGUAUUUUACUGAAUUUUCUUGCCAUUUUCAUGAAUAAACUUCUUCUUUCUUUAACAUUAACUUCUAUCAAACCCAACCCAAUCGAAGUCGUCACGGUGCGGGCACAAUCAACUCAAGAAAUUCCCUAAAAUUCUAAUAAAAACUUGGCUCUUACUCACCACAUCACUGGCUUUUUUCUUAAAAAGUGAAAUCGCAUUCGACAGACAGAAUAGAAGCUAACAAGUGUUGCACUUGCACUUGGAAGCAUUCUUUGAGUUCCAAAGUAUUUUUGUGUUUUCAAUAAGAAAACAAGAAAUAUGAGUCGUCAACGACAACAAUCACAACAGCUCGAUCUAGAAUCGGCAAAUGGAUCGCGCCAACAAGAAGAAAUUCCAUUACAACGAAUGAUUUCGGUGCCGGAAGCCGAAGACCGACAAAGAAUUAGAAGAAUUUUCGAUAAUCAUGACACCGACAACGAUGGCUACCUCGACGUUGGAGAACUUAAACUUCUCAUUGCACAAGGACUCUGUCAAGACAUACCACAAUCUAUGGCAAAAAAUAUUAUUCAACUAUCAGAUGAGGACAGAAAUGGACGCUUGGAUUUUGAAGAGUUUUAUAAACUUUCUGUUAGAAACCGCUGGAUGCUGACCAGUUAUAUACAUAGUUAUUGUCGAAUGGUUGUACCAAGACGAGAACAAAUACAAGGCGAUCAAAUCGAUGGAGCCUACGAAAGACAAAUGUCAUUCUGUCCACCACCACUUACAAUGAUAAUUUUCUCAAUGGUAGAGAUCAUUAUGUUCAUGAUAGAUGUUAUUUAUUUCAAAGACGAUCCGAAACAGUCACAACACAUUGGUGAAAGCACUAAAGGACCCGCUGCUACUUUAUUCAUCUUCAAUCCAUACCGAAGAUAUGAAGGAUGGCGUUUCGUCAGCUAUAUGUUUGUUCAUGUAGGAAUAAUGCAUCUUUUCAUGAACCUUGUCAUUCAAAUUUUCCUUGGGAUUGCUCUCGAAUUGGUACACCACUGGUGGCGAGUUGCCUUGGUUUAUCUUGCCGGUGUAGCUGCUGGAUCAAUGGGAACUUCACUAAGCAGCCCAACUAUUUAUCUUGCCGGUGCAUCAGGAGGCGUUUAUGCUCUUAUCACAGCCCACAUUGCCACAAUAAUUAUGAACUUCUCAGACAUGGACUACGCAAUUGUACAACUUUUUGUAUUUUUGAUUUUCUGCUUUACCGAUCUGGGAACCUCAAUAUAUCGCCAUUUAAACGAUAAGCACGACCAAAUUGGCUAUGUAGCACAUUUGUCAGGAGCUGUAGCUGGUCUGCUAGUGGGCAUUGGAGUGCUACGCAAUCUUAAAGAACGUCGUUGGGAACGCAUUCUCUGGUGGAUUGCAGUUACUUUCUACUUCGCACUCAUGCUAGCUGGCAUUAUGUUCCAAAUCUUCUAUCCAGAAUAUUUCCCUAAACAAGAUUCAUGGAAUGGAAAUUUAUACUAAUUAUUUUACAAUGAACCGACGACCAUUGCCACAAAUUAAAGCGCAACAAUGAUUUUUUUUUGUAUGAAUGUGAAAUACGACCACCAAAGUGCCCUUAGAGGUUCAGUUUCGAAGUAAUAAUUUGAAUUUGUCAGCAUUUACAAACUAAACUAAACAAAAAAAAAAACAAAAAGUGAAGACAACAAAUUUAGUAUACAACUAAAUCGAACUUAAUAUUUUUGUAUUUUAUAUCAGCAGGGCUUAUUUAUAUAUUUUUUAUAAAUCUUUUUAUAAUGGUAUUUUUGUACACUUAAAUUUGUAUUAAAAGGCAUUUAGUUUUCUUACGUCCGUAUUUUGUUUUGUUUUUAAGUAUACAAUAC